UACAUUGCUUCACUAACAAUGUCACCAAGUAUUUAGACGGUGCCAAAACAAGUGAGGGACCGGAGAAGGUGUCGGACUGCCGAAGAUCAACUGCUUACCCCCAAUUCCUCAAAAUAUUCAAGUAGUGAAGGGGAGGAGAGAAUAUUCAAUUCGCUUCAGGCUUUGCUUGAAGUGUUGAAAAAUGGAGGAAGCUUUUAAAAGUGAAACUGUUAUCCCUGGAGUUAGACAUUCCAAUUUGAAGACGUCAUUUAGGCAGUGUCUUGGUUUCCUGCUUACGGCUUUUCCUUUCGAGGAUUUCGCUAAAGCAUUUCCGAGAUACACCGGAGCCGAGCAGGAUCUGCUCUACCAGCUAUAUGUUCAGCAGGUCAUCACAUCGUUACAUGAAAAUAUGCAGGAAGAGUUCAAUGUAGUAUGCCAUGCAACACAGGUCGGUACCACUCUGGACACCGUUGAGCACCUUGUGGAGCAACAAAGUCUGGAUCCUUUAUUUUCAAAGAAAACGAAUCUAUUUCAUCUCAAGCAUGAUGUAUUAGCUACAAAGGAGAACGAGGUCCGAUUAUUGCAGGGUUUGCUAGAUAAGGUUGAUGAUCAGAAACAUACAACCAAAGCUCGGAUCAAACUUCUUAAAAAGAAACACGCAGAGUCUGAAGACACAUCAGGUCUUACUGCGACUUUAGAAAAGAUCAGAUCUAUGAUGGUAAAAUAUGGUGGUGACAUUGACGAAUGGGUUUCAGAUCAAUCUAAGGCAUGAAAGGAGCCUCUACAUCACAAGUAGACAUGUUCAACAUGGUGCCCAAAAUGUACAUCUAACAUGACUGUUUCUGAUUUAUUUAUUUAUUUCGUGUAAUUAAAUUUGAGUGUUGUUUUAGAUGAAAGAAGAAUCUUGUAUCAUAAUAUCAUAUUGUGUGGUCUCAUUGUAACUUAUUACGAGACCAGGGCGUUUUCGGGACUUGCGUAUGGGUUACUUGAUAAGUUGGUGUAAGAUUAUUGCAUAAUUUAUGUUCUUUUUAUUUCUGAUUUCGGGAAGAAUUUGAAGAUUAAGCUCGAUAA